AUGGGGGUGCUGAUGUCCAAGCGGCAGACUGUCGAGCAGGUGCAGAAGGUGAGCCUGGCUGUGUCGGCCUUCAAGGAUGGACUACGGGACAGGCCUUCCAUUAGACGUGGGGGUGAGCUACCAGGGUCUCGCCGCGGCACUGUGGAGGGCUCUGUUCAGGAAGUACAGGAAGAAAAAGAAGCAGAGACCAGUGCCCCCGUGGUUCAGGAAGAGAGCAGCAUCAACCGUGCAGCCUGGGAGAGGCUCCGAGAUGGGCGUGGAGUUGAGCCUGAGGAGUUUGACAGGACCAGUCGAUUCACACCGCCUGCCUUCAUCCGACCCACUCGGAAGCUGGAUGACGACAAACCUCCAGAUAUCUGCCUGGAUCCCCGGGAGUCUGUUGUCAACGAUGAGAUGUGUGAUAUCUGCGAAGUCUGGACCGCUGAGAGCCUCUUCCCAUGCCGCGUCUGCACCAGGGUCUUCCACGACGGCUGUCUGCGCCGCAUGGGCUACCUCCAAGGGAACAGUGCAGCGGAGGUGACAGAGAUGGCCCACACCGAAACUGGCUGGAGCUGCUACUACUGUGACAACCUUAACCUGCUGCUCACCGAGGAGGAGAUGUACAGCCUCACAGAGACCUUUCAGCGGUGUAAAGUCAUCCCUGAUUGCUCCCUGACCCUGGACGACUUCGUGCGCUACCGCCACCAAGCAGCAAAGCGAGGGGAUAGCAACAGGGCCCUGAGCGAUGAGCAAGAGGAACAGGCAGCCCGCCAGUUUGCAGCGUUGGAUCCUGAACACCGAGGCCACAUAGAGUGGUCCGACUUCUUGUCCCAUGAAUCUCUCCUACUGCUGCAGCAGCUGCGUCCCCAGAACUCUCUAUUGAGGCUUCUCACUGUCAAGGAGAGGGAACGAGCCCGGGCCACCUUCCUGGCACGGGGCAGCGGGAACAGCAUUAGUGAGGCAGAGUGCCACCAUGCCCGGCACUCCUGGUUCUGCAAACGCCUGGCAGAGGCGUCCUCCUGCAGUGUCAGCAUCAGCCACGUGGGUCCCAUAGCAGAGAGCAGCCCAGCCGGCAGCAGUAGCAAGAGUGAAGAUAAGACCCUGCUGCCCGCAGAGCAGGAGUCCAGAUCUGUGGACUGGCCCACCUUCCUAAGAGAGAAUGUCAUCUACAUCUUGGCUGCUCGUCCUAACAGUGGAGCGAUUCACCUGAAACCCCCAGGAUAG